AUCGUGUUCGCGCGCGCGUUUCUUUUGUUCUGAGACAGCAAAAGCCGUCGUCUUUUUGUCGCCGGACGUCGUCUUUUUGCGAAUCUUUAAAGGCCCUUUUUAGGGAGAUGGCUUAAAGCGAUUUCGCUCAAGGGUGUGAGUUGAGGAGCAUAACUGCUGGAGGAUUCCUAUAUCUGUCUGUUUGGGGUUCCUAAUUGUUGGCCUGCGGUGCGUCGUGCGUGUUAUCUGGACGGUGCGUGGCCAGGUGAAAGUGCCACUUCCUCGCAAGCGUGUGGGCAAGUGUGUAGAUCUUAUCGCACCUGCUAAACCUGCUAGACAUUACACGAUUGAUAACAUCUGGGCGUCGAGUGCGUCGCGUGCCGUGGAAAUUCGUCCGUCGUGCCGUCGUCGUGUUCCUUAGGCGUGUGUCGUUCGCGCGUUAUCGCCUGGAGUGGCGUGCUGCCCCUGUGCCGUGAUUAUUACAUCAAUGACGUUGCCCCAGAGGGUGGGCGUAAUUAUGUGAACUUGCCCACAGGCAUCAGGUCGUUUUCCCGGGAGAAAAACCGGAAGAAGAGUAAUGCUAAAUUGUAGUGGGGAGCUUCCUUUUACGCCAGCUUUCUCCCGCUUGAUCUAAUAAGAGCCCUAGAAUCCAUCUUAUCUGAUUGGAUCUGUCUCGAGGGGAGCAAAAAGGUCCGAUUCGGAAAUUGGAAGUCCAAACAAAACCUAUAGCUAAGUUGUGUUAAGUGAUUCGUUUCGCAAGCUCAGUCAACAAGCAAAGGUCACACGCCAACCCAAACCACCCCAGAAAUGCUCCACAAAGCAGUGCCAGAGGCUAGUGUAUCAAUGAAAAAGCCAUUUUAUCAAAUUAGCUCCCAUUAAUUUAAAAUAAUUCCGGUGUGCCGUCUGAAGAAAUAUUGAAGCCGUACUGAAAAAAGACCACCGUCGUCGCGUUAUCGAUUCAUUGAUCAAUUGGGAAACAUUAAAAAAGAUAUGUCUCGGGUCAUCAUCCCCCCUUUCUUGCUUUAUAUAUCCUCACAAGCAAGAGAACAAAUCUUCUGAAGACAAAAAAAUCAAUCUACUUUAAAAAGUCACGCGGAAGAAAAAAGUGCGGUUCAAAUUAUCAAAUUACCGGAUCAUUUUGAUUGUGAAGAAUUACACCGGCAGUCAUAACAAAUCCAAAAUCUAUCUAGUGAUGAAAAUCACAACAUGAUUUCCAUAUAAUUUUGUAGUGAUACAAGUGUUAUGAAGCUUCAGCUUCUGAAGAAACGCGAAUCAUAUGUGUGUAGCUGUUCAGCAACCGGAAAUUCUCAUCAGGUGUAUCGACCAUAAUCAUCGUCGUCUCCAUCUGCAGCAGCUGUUCCUGGCCAAGUCAACGCAUCGAAAAUGUCCACCGUUUAAAAUCUUCGUUAGUCGUUCGUCGUUAGAAUUUUAAAAUAUCGUGUUAAUCAUGAACUAUCUCUCAAGUAUUGCGUGUCCAACUCGGUGUUACUAAAUUGUUUUUGACUCGAGUUGAGUCAAUUUCAUCCGACGGAGAAGCACCAACAGAAAGGUGCCACGGUUGUUUUGAGUCUAUCGAAGGUCACAACCAGACGCCCGAAGCAAAUGGCAAAGUGAGAUAAAUUAAUUUAACAUAAUUAUAUUGGAAAAAUGAGCUGCCGCCGCCAUUGCUAUUGCUAGUGCCACCAAUCCAAACCAGCGACGUGUCCAAGAGCACGAAUCAAAUCUAGCGCCCAUCUCCGGUUGUUUAUGGCGGUGAGGAAAUAUUGUUCAUUGCCAGGCCACUAGAGAGCGUGUUGGUUUGUUUGUUUGUGUCCUACUCAGUGAACGUGUUUGUGUGCUGCCAUCUAUCUAAAUAUUGCAGCAAAAACACCAACAACAGCCUGCAGAUAUGCAAUUUGUUCAACCAUAAACGUGCAUCACUACGCGUCGCGUUGAGAUAGGGAACAAGAUUUUUUCUUCCCGUACAAGGAGUCAAGGUGUGGAACCGAAAUAUAAGUAAAGUUUUCCACUCUGCCAAGGUGUAUGAGAUGUUCCACAUUCUCUGACAGUGCCGAGCGAAAAGAAAGUCAAUUAGGAAUAAAGUUGAAAUAAAUUUUCCCAGCACUGGAAGAUAAGAUCGUGCUCUGGUUGUUUGAAGAGUUCGGUCGACCGGGGAUAUUAAAAGUUAUAGUUCUCGAGGGUUAACCGUAAGCCCUCUUUCCCGUUUUCUCUCGAAAGAGUUGAAGUAUUGUGGAAUCGCGCCAAGUAGAAAUGUGACGAUCCGUGAUUGUGCCCCUGUUUGUGUGAGCUGUGUAUUUAUAUGUGCAUGUGCCUCGCUGUUAGUAGAUAAAGUUUCCCUCCGUAAUUGAAUUGCUGCUGUUAGUGAGUAGAAUCAAACCGAAAAAAAUAUAAAAAAAUGAACAUGGCCAACGAUUCCGGCAGCAGCAGCAGCGAUGAAGAGUUGGCCCAGGCUGUUUCCUCCGUUAGGGGCCCGGCCCAAUGUCACGAAUGCUACUCGGACUGCCCGGAUUGCAUUCCCUGUUGCAAGGAUCCGGUUCACAAGUGCCACUCGGACCCUCUGGGUGGAUCGGCAGGGGGCCGGGUUGUGACCGGGAAAAAUCUACUCACCCGCUCGCUCCGUUAUGGGCCCGGAACUACGACCCGGAAGUGUGUGCUCACCCUCGAUGGCUACUCCUAUGUUAUCGUGGCCAGCUCACCGGAGAACAAAUUCACCAAAGAUGAUCUAACUGCGGCCGUCGGUGCUGCCCGUGAACAGUCGUCCUGCUACGACGUUUCGUGUCCGGGAUCCGGCAGUUACGGUACUUGUCCUGCUGCAUCGUCAUCAUCAUCAUCCGCCCUUGCCGCUUCCGCUGGAACAGAAGUAGCAACUACACAGCCCCCGCACCAGCAACAGCCAAGGCCCCUAACGACUGGGCCCCUUGCUGGUUGCCACCACAAUCCGGCAGCCGCUGCACCGCAACACCACCACCCGCAUCAACACCACCACCAUCACCAUCAUCAUCACCAUCACUGUCACCCAUCGGCCGGGGCAGGAGGUUCAGCAUCUUCAUCGACCUCGUCCUGCCCGGAAUGUUGCUCCUCGUCGUCGGCGCGUAAUGGACAAAUUGGAAAACAAGGCAGCCUAACGAUCGUGAGACGUACCAACAGCCGGAAAAACACGCACAUUCUGCAGCAGCAGCAACACUUUCAGCAGCAGCUGGAGCCACUUGACUCUGAAGCGGCCGCCGAAUACCAACAGCAGAACCGUGACCCGGCGGCGGAAGGAGAACCGCUCUCGGAGGCGGAACUCGCAUACGUCAACAGCCAGCUCAAUCGGGAGCUAGAGGCCAUGCAACCGACGUCGACGUCCGCCGAUUCCCAAACGAUGUCCCCGCCGCCGCCAUUGACGCCGUCGUCCGCGGAUCGAACCGUCGCGCUGAUGAGCCGUGCCGAUACCGUCACCGGGGACGAGCUGGACAACGUUGACUUGGCCACCGACAAUCUACCGGCGGUCGAUACACCAGAUGCAUGUGAUAAAGCCGCAUUGAGACUUCGCUGUCUCCUGCGGCAACUGCAGCGCGGUGAAAUUUCCGCCGAGCUGCUGCAGAAAAACCUUCAUUACGCAGCACGCGUACUUGAAGCCGUUUUUAUCGACGAGACAAAUCAAGAGGAUGUUGGUGGUGGCAAUUCCGGUGGCGGGUGUAAGGUCAAUAACAGUGGUGAUAGUAGUAGUAACAGCGUCGGUGGCGAAAAGGGUGACAACGCAGUCAGCAAUACGGCCAGUAAGGAGGCGCGGAGGGGCACCACGACAUCGGCCCCGCCCACCCACGGUGGCCCCACGGGACCACCGAUCGGCAAAACCGUCAUUCAGAGGCGAAAACUGCGAGCACCGGUCUGGGCCAGGUCUCUUGAAAACUUGAACUACUGUUUCUCGAUUUUUUUCCUCUUUCUCUCUUUUUUCUUAUUUCAAACUAACUUUCCAAUUCCCGCUCCUUUUUGCCUCGUUUUUUGUCUGUCUCUCUCUUCCGAUAUAACAACUACACAGAACACCGUUUUUCCUUAACUAGAUCUUAACCCACUUUUCCGAAAAGAAACGAAACCAAAAUCUGCUCACGAAUGCACAAUCAAAUAGCAGAUUGACUCUUUUUUCCCUUAGAUUUGCCCAAACUAGUUUUCACUUAUACUAUAUCUGCUACUUUUGCAAGGCGAGAAAACGAUAUAACGAUAAACAAGAUUUUUUUCCACCUUAUACAAUUUUCUCCCCGUUACCAGUUUUUCACCGAAACCUAAACAAUCUAUCCACGUUUUUAUCCUGCAUCGAAUUUGCUGCGCAAUCACUAGAGAACGGCACCGUUUUUAUUCUGUCCAAGCUUUGUAUACACUCUGUACUACGUGGUAUAACUAUUUGAGUUUGUGUGCUACCACUAAUGAUAAUCCAUUUCGGACAUCAAUGAUUUAUUUCUGCUCGAUUCAAUCAACUAACAAUAAUCCUGAUGCUGUGGAAUUGCUGCGGUCCGCUUUCUACUUUUCGAAACCAACCUCAAUCCUUUGCACAAUGACAGGACGUUUUAGUUAGUCCAUUUUUCUGUGCAAGCAAUUCAAUGCUGAAUGGCACAACGAAGAUGAUUGAUGAAAGUUUUGAAAAUUUCGAAUCCCUAGCUUACAAUUUGAGCUGC